AUGACACAUCUUAACAUUCGCACCUAUGGACUUAAUUGUUAUCAGAUAAGGCAACCAAAACAACAAUAGCAUGAAAACGGCUUAUGCUUAAAAUCGAUAGAUAGGCUAAAGUUAAAUACAGAGAAAACCCACUAGGACGGACGCACCUUCCUACAUUUACUGCUGUCCUACAAUAAAACCGUUUUAAGAAGGGACUAUUUGAGUAAUUGCAUAUCAUUGGUACCUUUGCAAGGUAAGGAAGCACAGGUUAAGACAAGCAACAUUUCAGAGGAAGGGAUAACGCGAGCAGAAAGUUCUAUAGCCUCACCAGUCAUCAUCAUGCCGAGGUAUAACUUUUUUCUGUGUUUGAUGGUUUAUGUUUGUCUGGGACUGUCUUGGAGUGACGAACCUAACCUUUUUCUGCCACCAACGAGCGAGAUGCCCACGGACGCCGGGCUGUCGCUCCUUGAUGAGGAAGCAGGCGCUCACGAAUGUUCAGCAUGCGUUUGGAGAGAGCAAAGUAAAGUCAUGAGGCUGGAGACAAUCAAAUCUCAAAUCCUGAGCAAGCUGCGGCUCAAGCAGGCUCCUAACAUUAGUCGGGAGGUGGUAAACCAGCUGCUCCCAAAGGCGCCCCCGCUCCAGCAGCUUCUGGACCAUCACGACUUCCAGGGAGACGCGUCCUCCCAGGAUGAGUUUAUGGAGGAGGACGAAUAUCACGCCACUACGGAGUCCGUCAUCACUAUGGCCUCGGAGCCGGAGCCCUUGGUGCAGUUGGACGGUAAGCCCAGCUGCUGCUUCUUUAAGUUCAGCCCCAAGCUCAUGUUCACCAAGGUGCUGAAGGCUCAGCUGUGGGUGUACCUACGGCCGCUGCAGCAGACUUCCACCGUCUACCUGCAGAUCCUCAGACUGAAGCCUGUCACGGAGCAGGGCAGCCGCCACAUCCGCAUCCGCUCACUGAAGAUUGAGCUCAACUCACGUGUGGGCCACUGGCAGAGUAUCGACUUCAAGCACGUGCUGCAGAACUGGUUCAAGCAGCCGCACACCAAUUGGGGGAUCGACAUCAAUGCCUUCGAUGAGAGCGGCAACGACCUGGCAGUAACCUCGCUGAGACCGGGUGAGGAAGGGCUGCAGCCGUUCCUGGAGGUUAAGGUUCUCGAGACGACCAAACGUUCCCGACGUAACCUGGGACUGGACUGUGACGAGCACUCCACCGAGUCCCGCUGCUGCCGCUACCCGCUGACAGUGGACUUUGAGGCCUUCGGCUGGGACUGGAUCAUCGCUCCCAAGCGCUAUAAGGCCAACUACUGCUCGGGCCAGUGUGAAUACAUGUUCAUGCAGAAGUACCCACACACCCACCUGGUACAACACGCCAACCCCAGAGGCUCAGCAGGGCCCUGCUGCACCCCCACCAAGAUGUCACCCAUCAACAUGCUCUAUUUCAAUGACAAGCAGCAGAUCAUCCAUGGCAAGAUCCCUGGCAUGGUGGUGGACAGGUGUGGCUGCUCUUAGGCCCAAUGGAUGUCAUGCAUACUCAUGCACACCCAACUCUGCAUUAUUUCCACCCAAAACCCUGACUGAGCUCUCCACUGGCACCAGACUUUAUCCCCCCUCUCACUCCGCCACAAAACAUCCCACUGGACCUCCAUUCUCUUAGUUCUUACAUGUUUGAUUAAAAUGAAUAAGGUAAAAAUGUCAUAUGAAAUGAAGAUAGGAGUGAGGCUGAGUGGUAGAAAUAUAUAUUGACAAUUAUGAAGGGGGUGUGUCUGUGGAGCAGCUUGAGAAAUGUAUGGUAAAUUAGACAAAACUAUGUUUUAGGUAUUUGUUAGUUUUGUGUUUUUUCUUUGAAAAAAAGUUAAAGAAAAUGUCUAUCAGGUUCUUUGAAAAGAUGGUGUCUUUGUUGAGAUGUCCUGGAUAGUGGAUCCAGGCUGAUGGAGGGAGACAUUCCUAAGCAGUUACAGUAUAUUAUAAUUUUUCCACAUCUUUACUUCCAAACAAAUUCAGUUCUGAGGUGAUGGGCUGUUUUAUCUGUUCAAAACACUUUAUUAGCACAUUAUACUCCAAUGGGAUUUGAUUCACAACCAAGACAUUCAUAGACAAUGCCAAUAGAGGGGGACUUCUUCUAAUUAUCACUGCUAUUGUGCAAUGCUUCACUUUUAACCUCCAUUACAAAACACAUUUCCCACUUACUUUUAGACUAAAAGUUCAUGAAAUUAAUCCAAAAUGUUGUUUAAGAAAAUAGUCAUGUUCUAGAGAUUUAGUGUUGAGAUCCAAAGCCUAACUCUGUGCCCUCUGUAGAUGUAGCUAGCACCCCAGUGUGAAAUUCUUGAGAAUCCAAGAACCCUUUCACAGUUACUUUGAUCUUAUUUUACCCGUAAUCUUGUAAAACAGAAAUAGAAUAAAAGGGAGUUAUUUCACUACCUUUAAAAGUGAACAGGAAAGGGUUUGUAAUACCCUUUCUCCCUAUGUUUUACUGCAGAAGCUCACGUAACAGCUCAGAUUACCUCAAUAUCAACCUGUGCACAAAGUUUAGAUGAACUAAGACAAACAUUAUGUCAAAGCAACUAUUUUAAAACUUUGUGUGGUCUAGAGUAAGAACACACAAUUUAAAAAUACAGGUUUUGGCUUGUUAGAUCUUUGGAUAGCUCAUCUUUUAGAUAGUUUAUAUGUAAUAUACUAAAUCCAAGAGCAUUUGAAACAAUAUGGGAAUCAUGCAAGGGUGCCAGUUUACACUACUGUAAUUGUCAGAUUAUUUUGUAAGGAGUAAGUUCAGAGUGAAAGGGAACGCAACAAGUACCUUGGCAAAUGUGGUCCACAUGAAUAUAGCCUACUUAUAUACUUUUGUCAUUUUCACUCUGCACACUGUGCAAUUACCAUUCCCAUUACUAUCCUCUCACAUUCAUUUACACAAACAAACCCAAUGAGUAGAGGACCAAAUGUAUUCUGCCAAGUUGCUAUGGUGGGAAUGUUAUGAUGGUUGUGGCAAAGAAGACAACCCUGUGUUGGAAAGAAACUCAAAUGCUUGAUUGAUAUAGGCCUUUGUGCUACUAAGUAAAGGGAAGAAGAGCUAGGUUGUGCAUCAUAAAAAUAAGGAAAACAUUGAUACAGGCGAGAAUACAGCCGAAAUGCCAUUUCUAGUUUAGAGAACAUGUUUUGAUUGAAUAUCCUGAUGCCCCCAACCCCACCUCAACUGCACCUGUAAUAUGCAGUAAAUAUUGGAAGUGCUUGAAAGACUGUACAUAAGAAGCUUGAAGUCUGUCUUGUUUCCUGGAUGUCAAAGUGAAGAUAUCCCUUUGUUGUAAACGAAAGCACUACGCUGUUGGAAAAAGGAAGAGCCUUCUGACAUAAAUAAUAUAUGUAUAUAAUUAAAAAGGGUACAAAAAAUCCUUUCUGGGCACUACCUUACCAACAAUAAAUUUUGCACUAUGGGACGUUCAUGGCGUGAGGAGUCGUGUUGUUGUUUGUGUUUGUAUUUUACCUAAUCAAGCACAAGAGCGUUUACAAUUGAAAAAAGAACUGUCCAAGCUUCUGGCAAUACACUGUGUGGAUAAACUAGUCAGCCUCUCACUUCUUUUGUUACCAUCACGCUUUCCUGACUUCCUUUUCGUCUGAAGCGGAGGCCUGUCCAUAUUCUCACGCUCUUCCUACACCCAGAAACCUGGACUGACCAGCGGCCAAAAGGCCUCAUCGCCCUCCCGGGGUGAUAAGUCGUGUGUAACAAGUGUCUGGACCGAUGAACAUAGAACGCUUUAAACUGGAAAUGCCCCUCCAUCAACUUCAAUCAAUCUGUUAUCUCUGACAGACUUGUGUCCUUUUGAAUUUGAGCUACUUUUUGUGUUGACUGUCUAACAUAGACAUGUUUUGCCUUUGUGUGUUUUGAGUGAGCGUGCCCAUAUUAGAAUGGGAAAAAGUAUCCAGGGAUCGUUAGCCAAAGUAGAGGAUGACAUGUUGUGUGCUGUAACUUUUGUAACUGCAGGAAUAUGCUAAACAAUUUCAAAGGGAGAAAAAAAAUGUGGUAUGGGCAGUGGUUGGAAACAAUUCAACUGGUCAAGUGUCUAUUUAUUCAGAUCAAAUCAAUGAAUUUCAAAGUAUGUCUACCUCACUUUAGCAUUGUGAAACCUUGCUUAUAAAUUUGACAGUUAUGUUUUGUCAUGAGUUAAUGUGCAAACAUGUAACCGGAAUAGUAAACCCAAAAACGUAGACUAAAGCCACAGGGUCACCUUGAUCUCAGAUCCAGAUUGAGUAAUUGACAGCUGAGUUCAUAAGAGUGACUGAAGCAAAUAGCGAAAGGUAAUUUGUGCUGACAAAAGAAAAAAUUGCUGUGCCCAGGACCAUUGGUUAACUCUGGUUAAUGCUGUGGAUAAAGUUGCAUCUUGACUUUGUAUGUAUACUGGUAUGUACAGUGUCUUCAGAAAGUAUUCACACCCCUUGACCUAUUCCACAUUUUGUUGUUACAGCCUGAAUUC